GGAAUAAAUUAGUUCAGCCCAAUCUCUUCGUCUGGCUCAGACGAUAAAGUCGGCUUUUGACAACGGUUCAUAAACUGAUGACUGGACAGCGGAAAACCUCUGAUGGUUCCGAAGUUUAUAGGACUGUGAAACGUAAUUUAGCUUAAUGUUAUUAAACUCACGAAGUAAAUCAUGUAUCGUCCGAUGUCUGCGCAGACAAGAAAUGAAAAUCUGAUGCGUGUCAGCGCCACACGAAGAUUAGCGAGAGCAACUGAUCCCGUAGAGAAACUCCGACUUCUGUGCUUACAAAGAGGAUCUAGUGGUAUUCUGGGACUUGGCAGAGUUUUCCGAAGGAUGGAUGAUAAUGGCAACGGCGAGUUAAGCUACGAAGAAUUUAAGAAAGGCCUUCAUGAUUCGGGAAUGUAUAGACAUCUGGAUGAAUAUGAAAUAGAAGAGUUAUUCCAACGAUUUGACAGGGAUAAUUCAGGAGCAAUAAGUUAUGAAGAAUUCCUCCGUAGCGUGAGGCCAAAGAUGUCAGCAGCUCGACUGAAAGUAGUAGAAAAGGCUUUUCAAAAACUGGACAGAACAGGAGAUGGGAUAGUUACCUACCAUGACUUAAAGGAUGUUUACAAUGUUACCUAUCAUCCAUUGUACCAAAAUGGCCAGCUGAGUGAAAAAGAACUAUUCUUGAGAUUUCUUGCAAAUUUCGAAGUUGGUGGUAAUCCAGACGGAACAGUAACGAAAGAAGAAUUCAUUGAUUACUACACAGGCGUCAGUGCUAGUAUAGAUGAAGAUGCAUAUUUUGAUCUUAUGGUUCGCCUUGCGUGGAAGCUGUGAUUACAGUCAAUUAAAAUAAUAUAUAUAACUCCUUUUUGUCUUCAGAAAAACCUAUUUAUACUGUAAAUGUCGUUGCUAUUAAGAACGAAAUGUGAAUUAGUCCGAGACAAAAAUAUUACUCUUACAACAAUGAAGAGUAAAUUUUUUAACAUUUUAAUUAUCCAAAAAUUAAUGACUUGAAGUGUAUAUAAAACAGUGGUCUUUUAUUACAACUGAAUGUUUCGUUUUUGAAUCCGAAAACGUUUUGUGGUCAAUUAAUGUGCAUCAGUUUUAUAACAACUGGAAAACAUCUCGUAUUUGUACGUACUUCUAAUAGAAGUAUUUCAGCCUUGAACACGUAUUCUUGGAAAUACAUUUUAAGCGUACAUGCUGUGUAAACUUCAAAUGCAUGCUCCUAAAAAUGUUCAAAAUCGAUUACUGGAAUACAGUCAUUCAUAUGUUAUGAAAAUAAUGGUAAAAUAUUUAAAAUUAUGACUCCAGUCCAAAUUUCUAUUAAUUUCAUUCUAUUAAUUUCAAAGGAAUAAUAUUAUGUUACUUCUUCUUUUUCCUGAAGGUCGUUUUGGUUUACAUCAGUAUAUGUUGCCAUGUUUAAUUCAGGAAAGAUCUGUCGCUAUAAAUGUGUGAAAGCAGAAAAUAUCUUCCCUUUCCUAUCAGAUGGGAUAGUAAAUAUUUCGUUUACUUUGCUAUUCUUAUCUUAUGAAUAGACAUCGUUUUUAAAAAUAAGAAUAGCAGAUUUUAAUAAAAUGCAAUGGAACUCUGCAGUGAAUGUUUAAAAGUAGUGUGUUUCAUUAAUACUUUCAUACAAAUAAAUUUGACCUGAUGAUAUCUUAAUUCUCAUCGUAUUUCAUGGAGUUAUGAUAAUUUAUCUUCUGUUUCAUAAUUUUAGAUUGUACAGAUUCAUUUAUGAUUUACAGUAAAAAUAAUUUGCUGCAGUUUGCAAAUAUGAAAGUUUCAGAAAUGAAAUUACCAUCUUCCACAUUUUUGCUUCUGAUUAAACUACCUUCUCAGUUGAAUAAAGGAUUUGCUCACAGCAUGUUGUUCCACAUCUUGUAAGCGAAAUUACCAGAGAAAAUUGUUCAUGACUCGUGCUUCAGGUUAUGAUAAUUUCUUACUAAGAUGCGAGUUUCAAGGCAUGAUAAUUUCUAAACUCAAUUAAUUUAGAACUGUAGGUACUCGAAGACAGUGAAAUCAUGCAGCUUAAACAGCAAUAAGAAUUUGAAACUUUUUGGUAAUAUGGUUAGAAUUCUACUAAGAAAAAUUUGUGAAUCCUUAGCGUGAAGUUACUUUUAAAAAAAUAGUUGAAUUUUGAACGUAUUACUUUCAGUAACUUUUUUCCCGUAAAUUUAUUACGAUAAAUUGUGCUUUAAUGUGUUUCGAAAUUCCUGGGUGAAGAACCGAUUUCAUAUCAUGCUUCAUUAUCAUAUUUCAUACGUCUGGCCAGUUGUAGGCGCAAAGCUUAAUAGUAGAUUAAUGCGCAUAGCCUUAGGUAGUGUGAAGUGCGUUUUAUUAUCAAAUGAUUUUAUUUUAUUUUUUGAAUGACUUCAAAGAUUUUUACUGUAAAUACUUUAUUUGAUCAUGUAACCUUACCUUGUUUAGAGAGAAAUAUGUGAAUGUAACCAACUGUAACUAGUGAACUUCCCGUUGAAGUAAUAUCUUCAGUAAGAUAUGCCUGAUUUAGAAAUGACAGUUUAAUAAAUGUUAAGAAGAGUUUUUUCUAUAUUGCAUAUGUGUAUUUUCUGAUCAACAUAAAUGCAAUUCAAAGUCAUCUGUGUUUGAAGUAUUUUACUCGUAGGACUUCUUUGUUAUCUGUAAAUGCUAAACAUGGAAAUACAACUUAAUAUGAAAAUGA